AUGGCCCCCAACUCGCCCCCCAUGCUCCAAGUGGGACCGAUGAUGCCGUGUCAAGGUGUGAGUGAAACUUCAUCCACGAGCCAGAGACCACGGAGUACUCACCUGCUUGUGAGCACGAGCCGAGAGUUUGCUGGCUCGCCAUCCUGGCGCUCACUCCUCACUCUUAGCGCCGUGUUUCCAAAGUUUGCAUUGCAUUCGGGCCACCUGCCGCCAAUGUUUGAGCAACCCGGGGCAAAGAGAGUCCGCCGCGAGGACUUGGACAGCGACGAUGAUGACGACUCUCCGCGGAGCGACAGUGCAGGCGAGGGCAUCGACCUAGAUUUGCAGGCGAGGCUGAAUGCACAAAUCGCCAAGGCACUGGGCAUGGAUGUCCACGCGGGCCCGAGGUCGGAACCUCACGCAGGGCCUCAUCUGCCACGCCAGGAUUCCAGCGGGGAGGGGGACGCCCAAGAGGUCUCGAGACGGGAAAUGGUGCGUGAAGGCUCCGACGGCGACCUGGGCGAGUUUGAUUUCCGCCUCUUUGGCACGGCUGGCGCGCCGUGCAAAGUCGUGCUGGAAGAGCAUGCCGAGCCGCUCGGAGGGGGCGCCCUGGUACGUGGACGGCCUUGUUCGUAUUACUCGGCGCGAAAUGUGUCCGACGGCCGGAGGCGGGAGUACUUGGCUGCGGCGGUGACGGGAGACGAGGUCGUCGAGCGAUCGUACAGGCCGUCGUGGGGAAUGCAGUUGCCGUGGAAGGUGACGAGGGCGACGGUCGUGAAGAGGGCAAGAUUCGAGGAGGGCGCGGAGACGGGGGACGGGAAGACGAGGAAGCGACCGGGCAAGAAGAGGCGGGUUGCGGCGCGUGUCAAGGCCAAAGCCAACGAGGAGAGGGCCGAGGCCGAGGCGCGGAAGGCCUUGGACAAGGAGGAGCAUUUGAAGGAGAAGAAGAAGAGGAUCAACCGCUUGAAGAAGCUGAGGAAGAGGGCAAAGAGGAAGGUGGGCAAGGGCGAGGAGCACGACGCGGGGGAGAGUGAUGGCGAAUAG